AUGCUUCUUUCAAGGUUUGCUGCUACAAGCGUUAAACCCAGUCAUAUUGUUGCCUUAAGUAGGUUUGGGAAAGUGGCACUAUGGGCAGGUGCUUCUAAAAGGUUUGUUUCUAGUGAAAUUCAACAGAAGGAUGAACAGGCGGGUGAAGCUAGUACUGCUACGGCAACUGGUAUAAUUCAUAAAACGGAGGAGGAAACUUUAUUAUACUUCGACAAUGUUUACCCUAGGGCUAUGUCUUUGUGGCGCCCAACUCAAUGGUAUAAUUUGUUGUUGUCAAAUCAAUCGCGAGAGGCUGUUCGUGCCAAGAUUUUCAAUUAUGCAAGCCCGGAAAGUAACCCAAUUCACGGAUUAGAAUUGCGCUCUACCAUUCCCAUUAAAAGAGAUGGAGGUGUUUUUGCAACUUUCCUAGUGCCACCAAAUUAUACUAAAGCAGCAUUGAAUACGCUUAUUCAGAAAAAUACCGAGGAAGAGUCGUCAAAAUCGUGGUUUUCGUAUUUCACCAAGGUAUCAGUGUUUCCAGUAAAGGGCUCGCCUUGGAUUGAGGAUUUGAGAAGGUUGCCAAGUAAUCAGAUCAAGGUUAAAUUCGAAGGUGGUUUUUUGACUGAGGAAGAGGUAUAUGCACUAUUCAGGAGGUACGGUACAAUCGUCAACAUCUUUCCUAAUCCCCAGGAAAAGACAUAUGGGAUUGUCUAUAGAUCUUUUAGGGGAGCCAUCUGCGCUAAAAAUUGUGUGUCCGGUAUGGAAGUUCAUAAUAGCAUUAUCCAUGUCCAGUAUAAGCAGUUAGCUCAAGGUCAUGUGAUUCGUGACUUUUUUGUUAACCAUACAAGAAUUGCUGUUCCUGUCUUACUUGCCUUGUUGUCCAUUGUUGCAGUUAUCAUUUUUGAUCCAAUCAGAGAGUUUACCAUUGAACAAAAGAUUACCCACAGAUACUCAUUAUCCUGGGAUAACCACUUCUUAAAGAAACUCUUGUCAUUGACGUCAUCAACUAUGUCUUCUGUGAAACAUUACUGGGGUAUUUCCGACAACCAAGUCCAAAAGAGACAGUUGUGGGAAGAACGUCAAGAAAAGGUUGGCGAUCUAAAGUUGUGGUUACAGGAAAACAAUAACACAUUUGUCGUUCUACGAGGUCCAAGAGGUUCUGGUAAGCACGAAUUAGUGAUGCAACAUGCUUUACAUGAUCGUCCGAAUGUUUUAUACUUGGAUUGUGAUAAAUUAAUCAAAUCUAGAACAGAUGCCAAAUUCUUGAGAAAUGCAGCGAGUCAAAUUGGUUACUUCCCCAUUUUCCCAUGGGUUAAUUCUGUCACAAAUCUACUUGAUUUGGCAGUUCAAGGGUUAACUGGUCAAAAGUCUGGAUUAUCAGAAUCAAAGGAAACGCAGUUUAGAAAUAUGCUUUCCACUGCAGUGAUGUCCAUUAGACAUAUUGCGCUCAAGGGCUAUAAGCCAGUAAUAGGCUCAGGUGAUAACGCAAUUACUGUGAAAGAAGAAGAUUACUUACAGCAACACCCUGAAAAGAAGCCAGUUAUUGUUAUUGAUCGAUUCACAAAUAAGGCUGAAAUGAACGGAUUUGUCUACAAAGAAUUAUCUGACUGGGCAGCCAUGUUAGUUCAAAUGAAUUUAGCACAUGUGAUAUUCUUGACAGAAACAGUUGCACCAAAUCAAUUAUUAGCGGAAUCUUUGCCUAACCAAGUUUUCAAAAUGAUGUCACUAUCGGACGCUUCUAAAAAGAGCGCUAGAAGUUAUGUUUUAGCUCAAUUGAAGGAAACCAACGAAGAAGAGGACGAAGGUUCAGUAUCCCCAAUAAACCUUGACAUGAACGAAAAGUUCGUUGAGGAGAUUGAUGACUCUUUGGACCCUAUCGGAGGUAGAAUGUUGGAUUUACAAGCAUUCGUCAGAAGAGUAAAGUCAGGAGAGCAACCAAAGGAAGCUCUAGAAAAGAUGGUUGAACAAGCUUCGGAGCAAAUCACCCAGAUCUUUUUAAAUGGCUCGGCUGAUCCAUUGAGAGGUGCUCAAGCAUGGGAGCUUAUUGAAUUAUUAAGUGCUAAGGAAUCUAUCACCUUCAGGGAUAUUAUAUAUCGCCCCUUAUUCAAAGCCGCACCAGAAGAUGCCCUACUAGAGUUAGAAAAGAAUGGUUUGGUAUCUAUGAAAAGAGAUAGAGGUGUUCUAACUGAUAUCUUGCCUGCUAAGCCAUUGUUCCGUGCAGCAUUUAACUAUUUGCUUGAAAACAAAGAUAUUUACAAUGUACUAAGGACAUCUUAUUUAUUAAGGAUGAUAACGUUUGAGACAGGAAGAAUAAAAAAGUGGGAAGAAGAGUUGAAGGCGUUGUCUAAAGUGAGUGACCAGAAAUCUUUCAGAAGCAGAUUGAAUUACUUGGGUGGAAAAAUCGAAGGUAGUAGCGCAGUAAUCAACAACUGCGAGGAAGAGAUUAAAAAAUUGUCAAAACAGUAA